UUGAUAAAUAUAAAUCGUGGUCUCUCACGCAGAAGAAGCAAAGAUCGACGGUCUUUUAUUUAACUUAAACAGUCGGUGAGUGGCGAAAUCAAGCGAAAGAAAAGAAAACUAUGAUGGUGACGACUCAUCUUCGUUUCACUCUGCUUCUUCUCCCUCUCGCCUUCGUCGUGAUCGUCUCCUCCUCUUCUCAGGUUCGGGCAACCAAUGUCGGAAUCGAAUCAUUCUCCUCGCCUUUCGCUACCAAUCUUGCAACGCUGCAAUCUCAAAUUGGCUACAAUUUCACCAACCUCAACCUUCUUCGCCGUGCCAUGACUCAUGCUUCCUUCUCUCAAGAGAACAACAAAGCCCUCAGUAUCUUUGGAUCCCAUCUCAUCGAAACCUCUGUCUCUCUUCACCUUCUCUCUAAAGACAUCGAUACCUCCUCCAAAGCUUUGACACGUUUGAUUGCAGAGGUUUCAAAUGUGGAUUCCUCGUGCGCUCUUGAUGGAAACCGGUUGGGUUUGGAGAGGGUUAUCAGGGUUUCUCCCAAGACUGAUGCGUCCAACUCGGCCAUAGUUUGUGGUGGGUUCAGGGCAAUCUUUGGAGCUGUUGCUAUUGAUUCUGGAAUGGUUGAUGAGGCUAUCAAGGUUUUCUGGAAAGUACAUGGAGAUCGAGGUUGGAUACUAGUGUCUGUGCUGUAAUAUUAGUGUAUGGUACUAGUUUGCUUCCGAUGGUAAAAGUUCUAAGAGACUCGUCUUUAAGGCUUAUAUGGUACUACUACUACUACUAAUCGCUUGCUUUCUCUGUCUCUUUUUUCUUUUCUUUUCUUGUGUUGUGUGAUGAGUGAGUCAUUCAGAGUGACUCUGAUGACCAAAACAUAAUAAUAUUGGUUGAUGUUA